AUGUCUACCCGAAGGCCCCAAUUCUCUCAGCAGGUGCUUAUCGACACCACUCCGUUGCCCUCGGAUAUUCCUGCUGUCAAGGAGGUUGGUGCCAGCUCUGCGCCUCUUCUUUCGGCCUCCUUCUUCAUCGGCGCCCGAUGCCGCGACUACAACGAUGAUUACAUGCAAUGCAAGAACGACAACCCUGGCCGAGGAGAGUUUGAGUGCUUGAAGGAGGGCCGACGAGUUACCCGAUGUGCCUCCAGCGUCAUCAAGGACAUCAACACCCACUGUCUGGCCGAGUUCCGCAAGCACUGGGAAUGCCUUGAAGACCGGAACCACCAGCUAUGGCAGUGCCGCCCUGCUGAGUGGAAGCUCAACAAGUGCGUUUACAACAACUUGAAACUUGAGAAGAAGAUUCCUGACCAGCCCACCAAUUCGACCCCCGUUCACCUCCGACCAAAGCAGAUCCUUGCCGACGUGCGCAUCGGCCCUGGUGAUGGUAAGCCCUUUGUUCCGGGGCAGGAGGAUGCGCAGCAAUAG